GCAGACGAAGAGCGAAACGAGCCAUCGCAAACGUAUAUAGAGCUUUGUGGCGAAAACAAAACGAGCUCACAAACGAACUACGUGCUCGAGAAAUCUCGGGAUUACCAGUGGUGUCGAGCACCGAUUCGUGCGACCAGUUUUGCAGUGGAACAGGUUGAAGAUGUGAUGAGUGGAGCAGCGCAGUUUGGGGGGGACAGCGCAUGGAUGGUGAGAGGCUGAGGAUGCCGGUCGGAACGUGCAACAAGCGAAGCGACGCAGCGGUGGCGGUGGAUGCCCGUCGCUGCAUCCGGAAAAUCGGAGAAACAAGGUCGCGGGGCAUCGCAGGGGGCAUAUAUACAUAAAGAUGCGGCCACAAGUGCGGUGACGGCUUUGGUCGCGCGAUGAUAUCGACCGCGGAGGACCUGGAGGCCAUCUUUGGCAGAGAGGUGGUCGGCGGCCCAUCCUCAUCCACCAAGCUGGCCGAGGCCCUCAUCCUACUCAUCAUCUGCGUUACCGUCGUGGCCGCAAACGUCAUCGUCAUCGCCACCUUGCUGCACACCACCCGCGAGGUGCUCGACUACUACAUACUCUCUCUGGCCGUCGCCGACCUCCUGUGCGGCAUCCUGAUCGUCCCCUUGUCGGUGUACCCUGCCAUUGCCCAGGACUGGGUGUAUGGCGACUUUGUGUGCCGCCUGAGCGGAUACGUGGCCGUCACCCUGUGGAGUGUCAGUGUGUACAGUUUCAUGUGGCUCUCCGUAGAUCGGUACCUAGCCAUCCGAAAGCCCCUUCGUUACGACACCAUUCAGACGCGCACCCGGUGCCAGUGCUGGAUGCUCUUCACUUGGAUGACCUCCAUGUUCAUGUACUGCCCACCGCUGUUCGGUUUUUCCAAAGGCCACUUCUACGGGGACGCCUACGUGUGCAUGCUUGACCUGUCGACCAUCCUGCCGUACACCCUGACGCUCGCGUUGCUCGUUCUGGUGCCCAGUGUGUUGACCGUCAUCUACACCUAUUUCUUCAUCUUCACUACUAUGCGUAAGAUGCGCCAAUGCCUGAGCAAGGAAGAGAAGGAGUACGCCACGGCUAUUGGCGAGCACUUGUCCAACCCGGACCACUUAAUGUCUUUCGUCAUUAUCGUCCUCUUCUGGCUAUCCUGGUUGCCUUGGAUAUGCCUGCAGAUCUACGAAAAAGCUGAAGGAAAGCGGGUUCGAAUUCACGCGCUUCACUUUGGCCUGCUGUGGCUGGGUGUGCUCGACUGUCUCUGGAAGCCCCUGGUGUACAUAGUUAUGAGCCCUAAGUUUCGCCUGGGGUUGCAGCUGCUCUUUGUGUCGCUCUGCUGCAGGCACAAGGCCAGGCAGCAGCUCAUGGUCUAGUUGCUCGGUUAUGGGACGGGGACACGUGAAAUUUCCUCUCGGAAUAAGCAAUGGAGCACUCAUUCCACAUGUAGAUUAAGUACGAGGAUAAGCUACAGAUAUGAAUGCCUCGAGCGAAGAUAGUGUCAUACCCUGAGCACGAGAACAAAAUUCCAACACUGCAAUUACGGAAUUGAAAUUUUGGCAUGUCCUGACGGCAAUUUGCAUUGCUUGAUUGGCCCGUGGUAUUCGCGACAUUGUACUACUCGCGCGAUAUAAUUUUCACCUGAACUGUAUAUACUGGAUAACCCGCAAUCUUAACUUCUUCGUGGCACGUGCUAUAACGAUUCAUGAACUUACGACUCGAAAUCUAGCGUCUAGAAAUCUUGAAUAUCGUGGCUCACAUGACCACAGACUGCAUAUGAAGGAAGAAUGCGCUGGACCUUCUUAAAUUUUCGCGCGAACUCAUGUUGAAUCAGUGAAUAAAAAUGCCUUCAACGAUUAUUUAACUUACAAACGAGAGAGUUACCGAUGGGACAUGAGUUGGGAACGCUGUACAACUUGUAUUUAUACUGCAUGCAUUCAUCCUUGCAUGCUUGUGAAAAGGGCAGGCACUUCACUUUCGUCCGUUCUUUCUUUCAUCUGUGUGUCCAUAUGGGCGACAUCCCCACAGAACAUUCUAGUGGAAGAAACAGCACAAAAAACUGCUCACUGGGCGGAAGUUCAAUCGAGUCUUCUCGAGUCUGGGAGAGCACGAAAAGAAGUAACAUUCAGCGCUCGCCCUCACGUGGCAGCAGAAAACUAUGACGUCAUAGUUUUCUAGGGAAACGUCAUAGCGUUCUGGCCAAUGUCGCUCUAUGUACGGUACGUUUGUUCUUGUUGUGCGCCUCGUGUGCUCUUGUGUGCAGCCUAGUCAGUGUUGGCCAUCCACUUUAGAUGUUUUUUCUUCUUCUUUUUUGCCAUUACCAAGAGCACUGUGACAUAUUUUUGCAUGUUUUCCUUUAAUUUGAGGGGGAGACCAUACUGCGUAAGUGACCUAAUUGCCAGACCGCCGUCUGUUUCUGCAGAGCACACCUAUUUAUUUGUUCUAGUGUGCUCGGUUUUAUUAUUGAGUGUUCGCUCAUCCGUUGCUAAGGAUUCGGGAACACAAAAAUCAUGCUGCAGUGGCACGAGAAAUAUUUUUUUCUAGCCAUUUUGGCCAUAACGGUGUAAAAACAAAACAAAAAGAGACGCAAUAGACGAUUUCAGAAAAUCCCAGUGCUCCUUGCGUACGCGUUGCAUCCUGGGAGAUUACUGGAAUGAACCGUCCUUCACGUUUCGUUUUCGCUGACCUUGACUCCUCGUGCAUAAUCCAGCCGAGAGAGAAGGAACCGAAACAGCUUGGUGACCUUCUCCUCCUUCCUGUCCAGCAAAUUCCCAUAGUUCAAAGCGGCGCUAAGCUCUCUGGGAUUUUCCGAAGUCGCCUAUUGAAAGACGAUUUUGUCUGUUUCGCGGAACACAAAACCAUUGAAGUUCAUUUACGUGGAAAGUAAAAAGAAUAAAGGAAGAGACCAAACGGUAUCAGGCAGGAUAGACCAAAUGGGACAGAGAAUAUCUCGCAUGGAAUGUUAUGUCACACAAUCUCCCACGAUUCACUUUCACGUCCUCAGAACGGUCCAGUUCAUUCUUUCAACCUGUGCACCCAGAAAACUCGAGGAAUUCCGCGUUGCAUAUACAUCCUGCAGUCAACACGAGAGCAGUUGCUUCCCCACUGAAGCGCAUUCUAAUCCGGUGUCCGUCGUUUAGCGAGAUCCCAGAGCUAUCGCUAUGAAACUUUCUUCGUUUGAAAAGGUACGCCAAAUAGUUCCUGAAAACGAAUUCAAGGCAUGCUUGGGCGAGGAUGUGCUUGCACUGCACGCCACACUGCACUGAGCAAUGCACAAUGGAAAAAAAGCGUUUUCUUUCUGGUUGUGACUAUAGAGUAUCAAAUUUCCUAGUAGUGUACUUUAUGGCGUAGCUUGAAAAGCCGAGGAAAAACAAAAUGUGAUAUUCGUACAACACACAUUCUCCUGCAGAUGUUCCGUCGCAGGUUUUCCGCAAGAUGCCAGUUGCAAAGAGCCACGAAGUUCCUUAGGUUUGCCUACGUGUUCAUUGUCCGGUUUCCUUUUCGGGAGUUGCUCAAAAAAAAAAAUUCCGCAUACAUAUCUAGCGUGCAGACCCAAUCAAUUUUAGAGCAACUAUAUUUUUGUCCGCGUUGCUUGGAAUCAGUAGCCGAUACACACAUAGAGAGUAUGCUAUGGACAAUACCACUCUCAAAGUAAUGCCACACAAACAUAGGGUUGCCUUCACUGUGGAAACCGUUUUGCAAAGGAAAGCACAAUUAGACAGCUCAGUUCAGGACUCCGUGUAGUUACACCAGGUCCGAAAGCUUCACUGUUUUAACUGUUCUCCCAUUGAAAGCUUGUGCCGAGCCUGGUUUACGUGCUCGCCGCAAUGGCGCUCGCAACAUGGGCCAGAAUGAUGCGAUGUUGUUGGAUCGCGCAAAAGCUUAGUUCCCGCGUACAGCGCUUUGCUCUAUAGCGCUGGAAAAUAGCGCUUGAAACCUAGCGCUGUUUUUCCGCGUGUUGUUCUCACAUACACCAGACUUGUGCGUAACGCGUUACUAGUAAUUGUGUUACUUGUAAUGAAUUACUUUUUCGAGUAAUCAAUUACUUUUCUGAGUAAUCGAUUACUCAGUAAUUGAUUACUUUUCCGGCAGAGAUUAGCUUAUCUUUCAGAUGUUCUGCCAGAAGUCAAGCCCCUGGUGCCAGGCUGUUCCACUACAGCAAGGGGAGGUUGUAAUGACGUUGUAAUUGUAAUAACGUUCUGGAAUUCAGAGUCUAUCUCCCUUAUCUCUUCCUACACCAGCGUGUCAUGGUACCUGAAGCUUUGGAGGUUUAGUGAGUCACGGGGAAAUUCCACGCAAUGCUCUUCCACAAUCGGGUCAACGUUUUUCCGGGCGACAAAUACAGUAGACGUACACAUCUCCUUGUCUACGUGUUUUUGUUUGUCUUGUUACUUCAGCUGUUCCGCUGUUGAACCUUUUUCUUGUUUCUUUUCUUUUCUGAGGCACAACAAAGAUGAUUAUAAUUUGCGUGAUUGCAGAGCAACGACUGAAGUCACGCGUUACUUUUCUACUCGUUACUCAAUUACAUUUGAAGUCGAGAAAUUGGUAAUUGUAAUUAAUUGAUUUUUCCACAGAAGUAACGGUAACGGUAGUCAAUUACUUUUUUCGAUAACGGGCACAAGUCUGCAUACAGCCAAACGCAUAGCGCUCCGCGCGGUGUAUCCCAUACGUAACAAUUAUGGUUUGCGAUCGUGUCGGUGCUGUCAUUUCCAUGCAUUGGCAGAUUAACCUGCUGUUACUCUUUUGUUGUGGCAACGACACGUUCAACUACGGCGACGCUUCUGAGUACGGGGGUCUUUCGUUUUCAGGACCAAGAAGGCUUCUCAAACGUGCUCCUGCCGAGGCUACGUGACAGGGACACGCAGCCUCCCACGCCAGUUUCCUCUAAACCCACCUGUCGUUCCCAGUUCCUGGCCAAUUUCGCCUCGCCGGUUGUGUUUCGUUAGAUAAUAAUAAUAAUAAUAAUAAUAAUAAUAAUAAUAAUAAUAAUAAUAAUAAUAAUAAUAAUAAUAAUAAUAAUAAUAAUAAUAAUAAUAAUAAUUCGGGGCUUUACGUCGCGAGACAACUGUGGCGUGUCACUAGAGUAUCCUUAAAUUCGGUGAUGACUUGUCGUACAGAAAUCAGCGAGAACGAGCAUGCACGGAAAAUUGGCAGCCACUGUCGCGUUGUCGCUGUACCGCUUGCAAUGGCGGAGGCAAAACAACCCAUGGCUUCCGCGACGUCUUCGUGGCGACAGCCAGGCGGAGCAUCAUGAUUGGCCAAGAGCGCUAGAAAUUGGCGGUAGAAACGUUGGCCGGAGCUCAACUCUGUUCAGCGCUCUGUUCUAGCGGUGUAUAGCAGGGAGAGGAGGAAAAAACAGUGCUAUGUUCUAGCGCUAUGGAGCAAAGCGCUAUAUGUGGGAACAGGCCUAAAGUGUAAAAUGCGAUAAUAUGCCUAAAGGCCUGUUCCGACAUAUACCAGCGCGCUAAUAUAGCGCUACAAAACAGCGCGCAAAAACAGCGCUCACUGUUAUUGGAUGGUUCACACUUGCAAAGCGGAGCUAGCGCUAUUAUUUAGCGGAAGUUCGAUGGUCGUUUCCGGUCUCUCCCAUCAUGGCGCCUCCGGAGGUCGACAGCAUGCGGACGAACAAGAUCAACUGACUGAACGAAAAAUUACCAGGCAUUUUGGAUGACAGACUCGCCGGUUCCAAUGCGGUCGCCGUGCUAUGAAAUGUGAAAGCAAAACAACUCCACAACUUCUGCGACGUCAUCGCUGAAGGGCCUCCUCACUGGCCAACACGAAUGUAGUGGUAAUAUUAGCGCUGAAAAACUUGACAGGAGCUCAACUCCGGCAAGCGCUAAUUUUUAGCGGUUUGGAGCACUGCGAUGAGGAAAAUAUCGCGCUAUUUUCUAGCGCUAUGUGGCAAAUAGCUAUAUGUCAGUCAUAAAAUAGCGGUUUGUAGCGCGCAUGUUGAAGACCGUGUAGACAGCGCCAAUGUGGCCGGUGAGCUAACUACUUUUGGCACAGCUUUUCUUGCUAUCUUUCAGGCCUCGUAUAAUACAUGGAGGACUAGAUCCAGUAGAUAUUUAGCUUACAAGGAUUCUCUUGAAAGCUUGCAUUGAAAAUAGACUUCGAACUUUGAAAGACAGGUGGUAUGUCUCGACGGUUUGGAAUGAUUUAGAGGUACCUCGGUAAGGUUAGCGACUGACAUUCAAUGGCACCUGGCGAACAAGGAAAGGUAAAUCGAUGGGGACUUUCUAGCGUUCGUGAAAGAUAGGGAAGUUGUAAAUAAGUUCGUCGUUUCAUUUCGUCGGGAAAACCAUGAAGGGUGCAUGAGCUCUUAGAAAACCGUAACGGUCACUCAAGAUAUCAGCCUAUUAUCUGCGCUUUUGAAAUAUAGCCCUGAGCAUCCUUGUCACCAGGGGUCCUAGAAUUUUGUUUAUCGCAAACGAAACGCCGAAAAAGUGGAUUUUGUGUUGUUUACGGAAAAAACGCGGACUUGGCAAUUUCGAAACGGAAAUUCACACGCUUUAUUGUUUGGAUGCUGAAAGGCGUGAAUUUAAUUUUGAUUUCUUCUGCUGAAGAAAACAGCGCUAUACGCUUUGCACGAUCAUUCCUAAAACGGUAAUUAGAGUAGAUGUAUGAUCAUUCCUGCGCUCUACACUUUGUGGCGGAUCAGAACAGCCAAUCGUAAUCUCUGAAGAGAACAUGCUUGUUCUCCGGAUAUGUGCAGGGCCCUCUUACAGCAGCGAAACAACCUGUACUUUUUCGGGCGGUACUCGUUCGACGAAAUCGCGUGCUCUCUUAAAUGACGAUGCCCACACAUCAAGUCUCAGUUUUCGUGGCGGCUGACAUAGAGCUGACAUAGAGCUGACACAGAGCAGAGUUUCAGAAAAUUAAGAAUUUUGUUAGCGCUCCUAACGCUAGCAUCUCGAGGAGGCGGAAAAUCUUGCCGGGUUGUUGUAGCUCUACCCUUUAACAACGCUGCAUUGUAGAGAAGCUACGUUUCGGUUCAAUUUAAUACGAGAGACCAGUCCCGAGUAUAGUUUGGGACUAACAUCUUUUUUCUUCCUUUUACCAACCAAUCAAUCAAUUAACACGAGAGCGCAACAUUUUUGUGCGUCGUAUAGGGAUCUGUGUCGUUUCGGGGCGCGAGUAAGGGAGUACAUGAAACCUGGAAAUACAUAAUCUGACCAGAUUGGAACUGUACAUUCUAUUGCGAGAAACGUCCAUCUAACGUUUUUCUCUUACAAAUCAAUCAAUCAAUCCAUCUCACGUUCCAAUCUUACCAUCCGCGUGAGGAAUUACGACAGGGUGAGAUUAUUGUACCCGGCUUUAGAAAAGUAAAAUGUGCAAUAGUUGUUGCGGAAAAACGCAAAAUUUGCAAUGUUGUAGCACGGAACUGGAAUAUUUUUUUUUUCUGCGGUAAGCUAGGAUCCCUGGUUAUCACGGAACGCGUUCCAACUUUGUGUAAUCCAUUGCUGUUCAGGGUUGCGUAAUGCCUUCGUUGAUGUCGAUAUUGGUGAUUGAUCGUCGUCUACCUUCAACGGACAAUAGCGCUAGCCUGCUUCGCAUGACGGUACCAUCGCGUGUUGCCACGGCAACGCAGCUAACGAAUUGCUUUACACACCUGUAUGCCCUUCUUCACCGGCAUGACGUCACGAACAGGGGAGCGUGAUAAAGAAGCCAAGUAAUACCAAUAGCCCCUGUCACACGGCAAAUCAAGUGUCAUUCACGGCGACAUUCGUUCCGUGUCACACGGUGAAACCAAAUGGUGUCACAUGCGAAUGGGAUUCGCCCAGCGAAUGAGUUCCAGGAUCUUAUUCGAUUUUUCUUCUUUUACCGACUGCGUACCCUCAUCAGUAGAGAGGUAGCAAAAACAAACGACGAUAAACCGUUAGGUGACAUUAAACACGAAUGAAAAGUUGUGCUCCAAUAUUUAGAAUUUAAUGACUUUUUACACGAAGGAAGAAAGGAAUGGUGAACACUGUCUUUCAGAGAACUACCCUCGUUCCAAGACGCCAUGUUGCCAAGUAUGGUCCAGAUAGGAUUCUUACUUGUAUCGGCUUGUGAUACAUAGCCAACUGAACGUCGUCCAAAAAGGCAACGAUUCUGCGAAAUAAUCUGAGGUUUCGCCAGUCGCGAGAAAAAUAAAUAAAAAUAUUACGAAUGUACCUAUACCCAGGGCGUUUCACCUAAAGUGAUAAAAUAUUCUUACUGGCGACUACUCGCCGGAAGAUUGUGGGAUUUUCGGCAAUUACCUUGUGGGAACUUUUGCCGCCAUUUAGGAAGGCUCUAGACAAUUUUCAAUUGAGGGAAAUUUAU